AUGCAGCUCGCCCUCACCUGCCGCGACGCUUACGAUGUAGCCAUGCCUCGCUUCCUCUCCGAAGUCGUCCUCGGCGGCACCUCCGUCAUGGACGGCCCCGAGCAGAUCACUCUCUUCUGCAGGUAUAUGCUAGAGGACCCACAAAACCGCAUACGCCAUCUACGUGUGCUCGAGAUCGUGGAGGGCGCGUUCGUGAGCGCGGAAGGCGAAGGCGGCGGCGCGUGGGUCGCCGACUUCAGCUGCGCGGCGAUCCUCGCCGACAUGCUCCGCAAGGCGACGAACCUCCGCAAGCUCGCCAUCCGCGACCUCGAGCCGCUGCUUCAGCACGAGCCCGCCAUCGCCGAUGCGAUGUCACACCUCACGCGCCUGCAGGACCUCAGCUUCUACCUCGUCGGCAAGUGCACGCUCGAGAUGCUCGGGCGCACCAAGUGCCACCCAUACCGCCUCGAAUUCGGCAUGUGGAAGGAUGGCCCGCGCGUCGCGGGCGACACCAAGGCGUUCGACGAAUACGCGUCUUCACUCCACACUGUUAAUCUCUGGCAGGUUGCGUGCCUCCUCGAGAGCUUCGGGCCCGACUACGUCGGCGAGGGCGUGCGCGUGCUCGGGCUCGGCGGGCGGGUGCCGCUGCUGUCCACGAUCUGCCGCGAGUUCCCGAACGUGCGGACGAUCACGUUCGCGCCCGAGUGCUCCGUCAAGGAGGAGGCGCCGACGGCGAACUGGACGAGUCUCGACCACGUCGACACGAGCUCGCCGCUGCCGUUCUUUUCGUGCAACGUCCGCCGGCUCGACCUCCGCUACGUUCUCGGCGUGGUGCAGACGCGCCUCAGCCGGAUGCAAGUGAUCGACCGGACGGUGAAGUUGCUCACGCAGACGAAGCCCGUCGUGCUGUCGUGCAAGAUCAAAGAAGAGCAGGGUGACACAAUCGUCGAGCGGCUCGUGCCCGUCAUCUCGCAGGUGCGCUUUCUCGAGGUCGCGUACACCCCGCCACAGCGCGAAGUCGGCCAUCAUGAAGUGUUCGCGCCGUUGCAGCACGUGAAUGACUGGACGGUGAGUCCGGUGCGAUGUGGUCGUUCUUGA